UCACGCUGAUCCCCAUAAAAGCAUAUGCAAACGACGACGUUUUGAUCCUCCAGCUUCAUCGUUGUUCCGAAGCGCAGAGUCCCCGGUUUGAUCCGACUCUGCUCGUUGAUCGUCGUACGGAGCCUCCGGCAUAGCUAUUUGGCCACCGGAUAAGAUGGUACGCAAACAGUUUCAAAAAGCGAAAACAGGGCUGGAGGCGUUGAAGGAAUUGGACGCGAACAAGUACCUGAAGAAGAUCGGGUUAGGGCGGGAAGAUAUGUUCUUCUGGAAGCAGGUGGGUAAGGCACUUCUAUGCACCUACACGAUCUGUGGCAUUGCUUGGAUCUACAACGAAACUUCCCCAUUGGGGUGGUGGACGUUGAAGCCGAGACCAAAGGAGGAGAGGGAAAUGGCUCAUCUCUAUGAGCGCCGUGAGUUUCCUUACCCUGGUGACACAGAGGCCAUGGAGGAGUUCAUUGCAAAGGGGGGGAUGAUUGGUACAACCAUCGGACCUAAAGGGUUCGCUGAAACUGACAGCGAUGCCGAUAACUACCAGAAGGAGAUGGAGAAGAAGAAGUUCGAGAAGGAAGCUCAGAAAAUGUGGCUGAGGAUGAGGAACGAGGUGAUUUCCGAGCUACAAGAGAAAGGGUACGAUAUCGAGUAACUCGUAAUCGGGAACUUUUGAUUUGAAAGUGGAUCUGACUCUGCGAUAACUUGUGUAUUGUGGAAUCUGUAUUGGUUGAAUCUGUUAUGUAAGUGAUCACAUUAGGCUUA